AUGGGUCUUGAGCCUACAGCCGAGAAAAAGGUUUUGGGGAGGGUUCUCGUAAUCGGUGGCUGUGGCUUUCUCGGCCACCAUUUAGUCCAACAACUGCACAGCUCGUAUGACUGCACCAUAUCCAUCCUCGACCUUCAGACUACGCGUAAUCGUCUUCCAGAUACGACGGGCGUACGAUAUUUCAAAGGCGAUAUCACAUCAAUUGACUCUAUCCUGCCUAUAUUUGAGGAGACAAAGCCCGAUAUCGUCAUCCACACAGCCUCACCAACCUUAACGGGUGGUUCGAGGCAGCUAUACCAACGGGUGAAUAUUGAAGGGACAAAAUGCGUGAUUGAAGCAUGCCAAAAGACAAGGGUCACUGCUUUGGUAUACACGAGUUCAGCCAGUAUUAUUUCGGAUAACGCUACAGACCUCAUUAACGCAGACGAACGGUGGCCUAUCAUCCCCGCUAAUGCUCAGACUGAGUUUUACUCCGUAACUAAGGCUGAAGCCGAAACUUAUGUUCUUGCCGCAAAUCGUGCCGUCGAUCACAGUCUGCUCUUAACAUGUGCACUUCGCCCAGCUGGAAUAUUUGGUGAAGGUGACGUUCAGUUAAUUCCCAACAUGCUAGACGCCUACUAUACUUCAAAAACUGGAUUUCAGCUCGGCAAUAAUACGAACCUCUUUGAUUUUACGUAUGUUGGAAAUGUGGCCGAAGCUCAUAUUCUAGCAGCCACUGCACUUCUCGCAACUUCCCGCCUAUCGACCAUUCCUCUAUCCCAUGAACGAGUUGAUGGAGAGGCUUUUAUGAUCACAAAUGACGAGCCAGUUUACUUUUGGGAUUUUGCCCGAGCUGUUUGGAAGGUUGCCGGAAACGAUCGUGGUAUAGAGCAUGUCUGGGUUAUCGGACAAACUACCGGGCUGUUCCUAGCCACACUUUUAGAAUGGGGUAUGUGGGCGUUGGGAAGGACACCUAAGCUGACGAAGAGACAAGUUAAAUACAGUUGUAUGACGAGGUAUUAUGACUGCACUAAGGCCAAACGACUCCUAGGAUAUCAACCUUCCACAAGUCUGGAGAAAGGCAUCGAAAAAUCAGUAAAAUGGUUUGGAGAGAAGCGCGAAUCUGAAAAUCCGAACAUUAAAUGA